AAGCUGUCAUUCCAAUAACUCAGAUAUCAGUAUCCCUGCUGAAUAUAUUCUAUUAGCUUUUUUUUUCCUCUCUCUUGUUCGCGAUUGCCAUUCCGUGUUAUCACGAAGCAUUUGAAAGACAAAAAGUCUGAAAACUGUUUGCUACUCUACUUUCGGAAACGUCCGAGUAAUCGGUACCUGUGUUGUGAUACAGGUUGCAAGAUCGCGAAUUGCCUUGAGAAUACGAGUUACUCCAACGAUAAUCCGCUGUCGAAAUUCAUCGGAAAACACAAUUUGUCAGGAUAAAGCAGAAAAAAAAUAUUGAAAAGUGACUCAUUUUCUUCUCGGAUUUGUCACAGUAUCGAAUUUUAGCAAUUUGUGCAACUUACAAAAAUCGCAAGAAUGCAUCGGAAUAACUGAGUGUUACGGAAAAAACUAAUCUAUAGAAUUGCAGAAAAAGUGUAUCGCACUACAUAUCUCCGUGCAAAAGUAGGUUCGAGUGAUUGCCAUUCCACAGAAAGAAGGUCAGCUGAAUUGAAAGCAGGAGAAUAAUAAUAACAGAAAACUGGGAAAAGAGAAACAAGCCGCCUGGGCAAUCACAAACGGAGAUUGAUUUUGACAAAGACGCAGUGGCCGCUUUGGGGGGAGGGUGUUAGAAUAAACAGUCGCAAUAUAAAAAACAGCAAUGAAAAAGUUUAUCUCCAAAUUCGAGAAUAAAAAUGAAGCUACACCAGGCAAAGAAACUAACAGUUUCGUUGGCAAAACGUUCAAACUAAGCCGGGAGAAUGUAACUGUGGAGGAAGUGUUAGCUGAGGGUGGUUUUGCAAUAGUGUUUCUAGUCAAGACGCAAAGUGGACAAAGAUAUGCUCUGAAACGUUUAUAUGUUAACAACGAACAUGAUCUGGGUGUUUGCAAGCGGGAAAUAACCAUCGCCAGUAACCUGAGCGGCCACAAAAACAUAAUCGGCUACGUAGACCAUAGUAUCAAUCCUAAAGGGAAUGGAGUGCAUGAAAUAUUGCUGCUAAUGCCUUACUGCAAGACAAAUUUGUUGAUGCUGAUGAAUACUAGAUUACCGAAUGGAUUCAACGAAUCAGAUGUUUUGCAAAUAUUCUGUGAUGUUGCGGAGGCAGUCGCUAGGCUACACCAAUGUCAAACUCCAAUUAUACAUCGUGAUCUAAAGAUAGAGAAUAUACUACAGAAUGAUAUAGGCAAUUUUGUGCUGUGUGAUUUCGGAUCUGCAACAUCCCGGGUUCUCAAUCCGAAUACCCACGGACGAACAGUGGUCGAGGAAGAAAUUCAGAAGUAUACAACUCUCUCUUAUCGUGCUCCAGAGAUGAUUGAUUUGUUUUCGGGCCAGGACAUCACCGUCAAGGCAGACAUUUGGGCACUCGGUUGUUUGCUCUACAAAUUAUGCUUUUUUACGCUUCCUUUCGGAGAGAGUGCACUUGCUAUACAAAGCGGUCAAUUCAGUAUUCCUGAUAACUCAAAGUAUUCCAAAGAGAUACACCAACUUAUCCGUUAUAUGCUGGAACCAAGCAUUGAAGAUCGUCCCAAUAUAUAUCAAGUAUGUGAUGUGGCAUUUAGAAUUGCGGGGAAGACGAAUCCUGUGAGAAAUCUAACCAAAUCGUCUGUUCCUGCUUUGGAAUCAUUAGCCAUUCCACCGAUGGAGAGCGAAACUAAGCGUAUCCCAUCGGCCACGGUAACGAAUUCCAAAACAACAAAAGCAAACGUCGUGGCAUUGGAAGGGGGAACUUCGGUUGCACCACGUCAACGUCCUAAAGCCUCCCAGGCAACCGCAGCCAAUACGAGUUUUUCGCUAGGACUACCACCCAAUCCAUCCCCAAAAAAUAAUCUGUCAUCGCCGACCCCAGGAUCCGCACCACCGGCUCCCCAUGAACAGCCUACGCAACCAGAACCGUUUGUGGCUAAGUUCACCGCCAAUUUUCCUCCUCCGGCACAAGAUGCGCUUGGAACCAACCUAUUUCAAACAACCUAUCCGGAUCCAUUUCGGGAAGCCGACAGUGUAUCGGAGGUUACUUCGCAUACAAACGUGGAUGUAACGCAUUCUGGCACAACAACGCUUGAUUCUUCGUCAUCUUCAUCGAUUAUACAAUCCCCUAGUCAUGCUUCAGGAUCGUCACAUUCCGGGACAUUGCAUGGCGCCGGUAGUGGUUCUAAUGUUGCUGGAGCAUUUGCACUGCCUAAACAACUCGUCGUUGGUCAUCGGCGCAACAUGAGUGAUACUUCAGCGUUCAACAAGGCGUACACCACAGAGACUUCACAGUUUCUUGCGCCAUACGAUGUAUCAUCCAACAAUUACCAGCCCUCAGGAACAUCCCCCGAAAAUGCCGGCUCCGAGCAAAACCUUCAUUCCAUUCCUUCGACAUUCGAGUCACGUUCAUCGAAUCCCCAAUUGAACCCUGUCCACAAUCAACAACAGCAGCCUUGGAAUCCAUUCGGCGAUCCAACACCAUUUAGUCAAAUGACCGAAGAUCACAUAUUUGGAGAAGAAUUUGACAAAAUCCGGAAGCAGGGCUCCCAAGGAAGUCUGAAAACCCCUCCGGAAUUAACAUCACGGCAUCCGUCGCUGCCACAGGUGCUGUCUUUCCAAUCUGCUAGCACCCUUCCGCAGGCUCCUUUUUCUCCGGAAAAUAUUACCGAAGAUACUCCUGAGGACGACCCGUUCAGUUCCGCCCCCUUUACUUUGCCAGUGCGGGACAAGACACGACCUCUUAAAUUAGGUUCGAAAAAAGUCAUCGUCAUCGACGGUGGAUUCUCCACGCAGCUGGAGAUACAUGUCGGUCAAACGUCGGAUAAGGACCCCCUCUGGAGCUCUCGAUAUAAUGUUACUAAUCCCAAUGCAGUUAUCGAGACGCACAUGUCAUUUCUCAGAGCGGGCGCAGAUUGCAUUCUCACCAACACGUACCAGGCAUCUAUCGAGGGUUACAUGGACUUCCUCAAUCUGAAUGAGGAGGAGAGUUUGAAACUGAUCAAAGCUACGGUUGAGCUAGCUAAAAAAGCACGUGCGCAGUAUUUGGCAGAGAAGGUGGAAAACAAAUCACACAAAAUUCCUUGGGUUGUGGGAUCGAUUGGUCCUUAUGGGGCGCAUCUUCACGACGGAUCAGAGUACACUGGCAGCUACGCAGAUACGCUGCCACUCGCACGCAUCCAGAAAUGGCAUCGUCAAAGAAUCAAUGCUGUGAUAGAGGCCGGAGUGGAUGCGUUAGCUAUCGAAACCAUUCCUUGCCGGAUGGAAGCGGAUGCUUUACUGGAACUAAUGACUGCCGAGUAUCCAUCGGUACGUUUCUGGAUAUCGUUUCAGUGCAAGGACGGUUUCAAUACAGCGCACGGCGAGAAUUUUGCCGAAACAGCUACAGCUCUGUGGAAGAAAGCGAGAUCUUAUAAAAAUCCCAAUCUUCUUGCAGUGGGGGUUAAUUGCGUCCAUCCGCUGCACGCUAUCCAACUCCUCAAGGCUGUCAACGAGAGAAGACCAGAUGACGAUAAGAUACCACUGAUCGUUUACCCCAACUCGGGUGAACUGUGGGAGUCGGGAUCGUGGACGGGUCAGGAGGAUUGCGUUCCUCUGGAAACUUAUGUUCCGCAGUGGAUUGAACUGGGCGCUAGGUUUGUAGGCGGAUGUUGUCGAACCAAUGCAAGAGACAUCAAACGAAUCAAGAAGACAGUGAUAGGGCUAUACAGCGGUCGCAGUACCUAGAAUUCGGCCACCGGUAGUGACGACGACGACAACAGUUGCGAAGCGGUUGAAAUGCUGUGAUGAGAAAUGUUCAGUUCCGUUUGAAUUGCUAAGGGCACCUGCUAUUGUUUGCAAGUUGACAAUACUACGAAUCACGAGUGCAUGAUAGUCAAAUUCGAACCCUCUAGCGAUGGUACAAGUUGGGGUAUAUACGAUAGACCGCUGACACACGACAACAACGCAUAAUGAAGAAUGAAAAAACAUUAUUUAGCAACUGGUAGGUACCGCUUCACUAAACGGUUAAGCUAAACCUAAUGUUAUUACUGCACGGCAAACAAAUAAUUUUGUGUCGAAUUUAAUUUGAAAAAAAUUAUAACUGUCCAACGAAAUGAUCGGAUUAUGUUGAACAACAUGCGGUGGAACUGCAAUGAGUGGAAAGCAUCUGUGUGCUUUUUGUGGUUGUUUUCAAAUUGCUAGCAGUAAUUGAUCACGCAGAUUAGACUCACGAAAGCAAAACGAACCCUUACACGAGAGACCGAUCACGCCUAAAUAGUUUAGAGAACACUAGCGAAGAAUUUCAAUUUGUAUUCUAAUAGGAAUUCUUAUCACUUUUUUCAAUAUAGGGAAAUUAUUCUGUGACAUGAGUGAUUGUAAAAUAUAAUGAUUAUUUUUUAUUAGUAAAAAAUGAACAAAGUAUAGUUGUAUAUAGGCGUUUAUAUCACCAUUUCCAGCAAGAAACAUAAAUUAUAUUUACACGUAUUUAAAUAUUCGUUGUUCCUGUUUUACCCCUCUCUCUAAUAAUAAAAUAUUAGUAAGCAAAAUCAAUAUACAAGCAUAUAACAAAUUAUCAAAGACCAUUUUAUCGAAGUUCAUAAAAGUUUUUCUUAAGUGUCAAAAUGAAAAGUCUACAACAAGGAUCGUCCAAACUCAAAUUCAUUGUUAUUGGAGUAAUAAAGAUAUAUGUUCAUGCGAAGAGCA